AUGGCAGCAGCAGCAGCAGCAGCGGCAGCAACCCCACCUCCCGAGACCCUCGUCACCUUCCAUGUUGUGGUCGACACCACAGUACUGCGACCCACCGACAUCGUCACCCUCCGUGGCUCCAUUCCCGAGCUGGGUGAGUGGCAGCAUGGCCUGCCCAUGAUUCAAAGCGAGUCGGACCCGUCGGUAUGGGACCUACAAGUCCUCCUGCCGUACAAGAUCGGGCACAAAAAGUUCCGCGGCGUCUUUCAGUACAAGUACGCCAUCGAGUCUACGUCGACCAACUCGGUGGAUAUGGAGGGCGGCGCCAAUCGGGCGCCAGAUACCAUCCGCAAUCACUGGUUCGAUGCCUUUCGUCGCGACUAUCGCAACCGCCGCUUUGCCGCCUACAAGCGCAUCUCUGGCGAGGUGGUCACCUUUAUGACCCUUGAUCUUGAUGCUUUUUUCAAUGGCGGCCUCGAAGUUGCCGAUCUCCUCGAGCGGGUCUUUGAUCUCAAACUCUCGUUCCGCUCAUCGCGGGCCCAGGCCGAGGGCGUGAUCAACAAGGCUCUGGCGCGGCUGCAGGAAGCCGGUGGCGAGACCGGCGUUGAGACCGGCCUCUCACUUGUCCUCGCCGCCAUUGUCGGCUCGUAUGGCCUCUCGUCGCGCGAUCCAUGGCGCACGGCCGGCGCUGGCGCCUCUGGUAUCACCUACCAGGCUGUCAACGGCCGCGCCGUCCCCGUGCCGGCCGCGCGCGCUGCACGCAAACGCCGCGUCCCAGAUCCAUCACCCUGGUGCUGGCACAUGCUCAACGGCGUCGACAUUGCCGCUGCCGCGGGCUUUGACCUCGCCCACUUUGGUCGCCACGGCCGCUGGGCCGUCGUCGGCGUUGCAGAGGCUGCCGAGCGCGCCGCGGGCGUCGGCUCCUACGACUGGCUCAAGGCCACCCCACUGUUUGACAAGCACAGCGUCCAUCCGACCAUUCGCAUCAAGAACGCCUCAAAGUCGAUGCCCGACUUUCUUGACGCCGCCGCCACCGUCCGUGGCCUCGCCGCGUCGGCGCUCGGCGAUCUGCAGGCCAUGCUCACGGCCGGCACCGUCUUUGAGGGCGAGCCGCCGCUCGCCGCCCUCGCCGCCGCUUGGCACCGCGGCCUCGUCGCUCACGCCCCGAGUGUUGCCGCCCUUGACGCACUCUUCGACGACGACUUUGCCGCUUUUGCCCCGGCCCUCGUCGCUGCCUUUGCAACCAAAGUCCAGCAGCUGUACUGGGCCAAGGAAGCCGACAUCGGAGUCCUUGCCGGCCUUGUCGCCCGCGUCCCAUCUCUUGCCUCGCCGGCUGUUGCCGCCGCCAUGCUCAACAACGCCGAGGCUGAUGCGUUUCAGGGCGCCGUCCUCGACUUUGUCGCCCUCUGCCUCGCCGACUACCAGCCGCCGCCGCCGGUCUCGCCCGACGCGCCGCAGGCUGAGCGCGACGCCGCAGCUCCGGGCCUCGAGCUUGUUGCCGCCCUCAACGCCGCAGCCAAGGACUGGUUCCGCCGCUCACACGCCCAGUCGGACACCGACUCGGACGACGAUUCGGACGACGACGACAGGCCACUCACCGGUUCCACAUGGGGCUUUCAGUACGCCUUUUCCUCGCGCGCCCGUCGCAAGAAAAAGCCCACACCACAGCAGAUUGCAGCUGCCCGUCUUGCCGCGACGCGCGACGGCCUCGAUGCCGCCAACGCUUUGCUCGCCAUUCCCUACUUUGGCAUCCAUCGCGUUCAGGCCACUCUGUUUGAGCUUGGCCGCUGCCACUUUUUCCGCGGCGAGCCAGCCGCGGUUCUCCCGGCCCUCUGCGCCAUCGCGUUUGACGCCUACUCUCCACCGCUUGCUGCCUGGCUCCUAGACCACGCCUCCAACGUCGUCACCUCGGCAGCCACCUCGCGCCCGCUCGACGAGCUCAUGGCCAUCGUUGGCCUCAUUCGCGACAACCUCUCGCCGUCCUCGCUCCUCGCCCACGCGCUUCUCCACUCGCUCCUUGUUGCCAUCGCGUCGGCGAGCCCAUCGCUUGUCGCCGUCCUCAACUUUGCUCCGCUCUGGCUCGAGGUCUUUCGCUGGAUUCGACACCCGCCACCAGACUCGCACCUUGCCGCUCUCCUUGAUGCCGCCGCCUCGACCGUUCACACCACCGCCGCCUCGCUCGUAUCCGGUGCCAUCUCGCUCGCCACUCUUCGCGUUGCUAUUGAGGCCCACACCGCCUUUCUUGACAUGUGCGCCGUUCUGGACGCCGGCGCCGGUGCCAUCUCGGCCGACACUCUCUCCGAUGCCGCUGCCCCGCUUGCCCACUUUGAAGCGGCUCUCGAGCAGCUGCAGUGCUUCAUCUCCUUCUACUGCAACUCGGCCGGCGUCCGCAUUGACGCCUCGCAGCUCCGCGCACAGACUGACUCUCUUCGCGACCGCUUUGACUCGCUCACCCUCGCCUACAUCCGCGACCGCCCGCUGAGCGACUUGCCGUGCAUGCCACAUCAAACCGGCGCCUCGCUCUCAGCCUCUCUCCGCGCUGCCGCCCUCGCUGCCUCGUCGUCGUUUGAUCACGGAGUCUCCUCGUUCUCAUCUGACGAUGAGGCUGGCGAUGUCGAUAACGAGACCAGCGCCGCCGCCGCCGCUGCCGCCCUCGACGACGACGUCGAACUGACUGAAAUAGUUCUUUCCCAGGACGACGUCCUUGCUGAGCUCAUUCCGGCCGCCCAGAGCGCAUGGGCCGAGCUCGCCGCCUCCGUCGCCACCGCCUCGAUCUCGGUCACCCGCCUCGGCGAGACGUUUGGCACUCUUCCGCCGGCGGCCGAUGCACCGGCGUACCGACGUGAGCUCGACUUGCUCGCCGCCUCGACAAGUGCAAACUCGACCGCGGCGUCGUCAGCCCAGGCGGGCUCGUGGGCCGACGCUGUCUACCCGAUGCUCGCCGACUACUCGCUCCUCCUCCGGCUCACCACCUGGAUCCCAGCCACUCUGCAAGUCUGCCGCCUUGUCGCGCCGCUGGUUGCCACCGAGUACGAGGCUGACCCGCUCGUGGUUCAGCUCACGUCACACCUUGUUGCCAUCCGCUCGCGCUGGUCCUCGCAGACCCUCGGGUCGCUGCCAGCGCUCGUGGCUCACGUCCGGGACUUGUUUGCGCCGUACUCAAGCAACCAGCUGACAUUCCUCGGCGUGCUCGCCGACGCCGCCCCGCUCGCCGAAUGGCUUCUCGACCACGCAGACACCGACGAGUUCAACCGCUUGCUACAGGUCUGUCGGCCGUGCACCGACGAUGCCCGAGUCCUCUCGUCCAUCGCCUCGCUUGUCCACAUUCGGACUAAGCUCAUUCCGCUCCUCUACCGACAGACCACCUACGCGUCCGCCGACGCCUUUCUCGCCAAGUUCCGCGCCCUCGAGAUCUCUCGCGACGACCACGAGCACUUGCUCAACAUCCAGGCCUCAUUCGACGGGCUCAUGAACGUCUUUGAGAAGCGGACUCGCUCGCCAGGCAUCAAGUCGAUCUACUCGCUCCGCGACAUGCUCACCCGUGGCACCUUUGUCUUUACCGCCGCCGCUGCAGAGGACGACGUCCUCACCCUCGUCCUCGCCUCUGAUGACGACGACCCGACCAGCGAGCCCGAGAGCCACCCGCUGGAGUUUCUCAUUGACCUCCGCUCCAAACUCAUGAUGACCGAGAUUCCCGACGACUCGGAGCUCCGCGCUGCCAUGGAUGUCGAGGCCGUUGUCGAAGCCUACGUCCUCCAGCUCGAGACCUUGCUCGAGAUCCGCGCAGCCCUCAUCACCCUCUCGUCCUCGGGCCACUUUGCCUUCCAGGGCGGCUACGAGCUCCGCCUUCCGUUCAACGUCGAGACCGGAAGCGCCAAGCUCGACGCUCUGCGCGCCUCGCUCGAUCAGCACAUCGCCGAGUGGAAGGUGACGAUUCAGGUCCUCAACGAGUUGCUCUCGGCCCAGCACGCCCCGGAACCCGCGGCUGCAUCUGUGGAAGCCACCGCGGCACCGGCGCUGCCGCCGCCAUCGUCCCUCAGUACAAGCGACAAGUCGCAGACGCUGCUGCCUUCGGGCGAGUGGCCCUGCCCUAUGUGCACUUUUCACAACGCACCAACUGCCUCGACCUGCUCCAUUUGUUCGGGCCCGGCGCCGCCUGGGUGCGGGCCGCAGGACGGCGCGGCGGCACUUGCUGCCGCCGCCUUUGGCACCACCAGCGCUCGCGCCGCAGCCGACGACGACGACGAGCUCCUCCUUCUCGCAUCUUGCUCAGCCGCGUCGCCGCUCGACGCCUUUACCUCGAUGAUGCAUCUGGUGGCAUCUUCUGUCGACGCCUCCGCCGUCGCCGCCGCGUACGCCUCGUGGACACCGGCCAUGGUGGAUGCCACCCCGGCAGACAAGCUCUCGGCUCUAGGUGCCAUCCUCACAGACAUCUUCGGCUCGGCGUCGGUCUCCUUCCGCACCAUCCCGCCGCCCGACGCCACCGUUGAGCAUCGCGCCGACAUGCUGGUCAAGGCCGCCGAGUCGCGGACGCUCCCAGUCUGGGUGGCCACCGCAGACUCGCCGUCUCGCGUCAUCGACGUGGUGCUCUCGGUCUACGCGCGCCGCGGACGGCUCCCCGAGCCCGACGAGAUCAUCUUCUGCACGAGUACCACCCGGCUCGAGGACGUCACGCUCCUCCUGCGUCGAUUUGUGGCCGCCGCCGCCCACGGCCGCGCCUCGGCACUCUACACAUUGGCCGACAUCCACGCACUCUCGUACACGCUCCAAUGCGCCAUCGUCGACGCGCUCCACUCACUCCUCGCCGAGUACGGGACAGACAACGCGGCGUCGCUCCUGUUUGUCUCGGGGGCCCCGCGCCAGGUCAUCCUCACUUCGCUCUCAUCGCAGCUCGUCGCCCUGCAGCCGCUCGACGAGGUCGAACUUCGUCGGGUCUGCGCCGACGCGCUCGCCGCUCCUGGCUCGCACACGCACACGCUCGCAGUCACGUCCGAGAUCAACGGCGGCGGCAAGAGCCAUCACAUCCUCUCGCUCAUCGCACAGGCGCAAAAGUACGACAACCCCGAGCUCCGCUACCGCAAGCUCGCCUUCCGCGAGUCGACCUCGGUCGCCACCCUCCUCGACACUCUCACCUCCCUUCCGGACGUGGUCCCCUACGCAUUCCACCUCGACAUCGGCCACAUCAUUCCGCCGUCGGCCAACACCCUCCUCUUCCAGCUCCUGCUUGUCGGCGUCCUCCGUGACACUAGCUCCUGCCGUGUCUACCACCGUCGGCCCGGUGACGCCUUUUAUCUCGAGAUCCCCAACUCGGUCGGCAACAAGACCGCGCUUUCGCUCCGCUUCUGCUCAUUCCUCCCCUCAGUUCAUCUCAAAGUGCGCUCGGUCGACCUCCGGAGCCCGAUCUUUGUCAACAACGCCGCCACCCGCAUCGCCUGCCCGGUCAACGACGAGCUUGUCUUUGUGUGCAAAAUGCUUCGCAGCUACCUCGCGGGCAAGUUUGAGCCCGGCGACGGCUUUGAUCCCGAGUACAACCCAUGGCUGGAUCCGGAUCCGACGCCCGAAGAGGCCUUCGGCCUCCUUGUCCAGUUCUGCAUCACCGACCAGCGCCCGUCGUUCCUCAUCUUUGCCAACUUUGUCAAGUUUAUGUACCAGCAGUUCCUCCGCCUCACCAACUACGCCGUCUUCUCCUCGGCUGUACUUCAGUCGACCCAGGGCCUUGAGCGCCUUAAGCACGUCUUUAUGUCGCUCCUCAUCGAGACCUCCAAGGACUUUUCGCUCCGCUCCGUCCCCCAAGUCGAGGUCAUUGGCUACAACGUGCCGACGCCUGUUGGCGGCGACGCCGCCGUCCCCGGCCGCAUCGCCUUUCCCGACAAUGACGACGCCGCGCCGGCCACGUCCUCGUCAGCAUCGCCCGUCGGACCGCCGCCGGCCAACCCGACCUCGCCCACAGCCGCCGACGCCGAGCGCGCUGCUGCUCGCUUUUCGCGCAUGACCUCGUGGGAAACUUCGGAUCACCCGCUCGUUCUCUUCUACCAGUCGGCCCACUCGAUGGAGGUCUCCGGACUCGACAUUCUCUCGCUCAACCCCGAGUUUACCCACACCUUUUUCGAGCAUGCUCUCCAGCAAGCACUCUCCCACAACGGCCUCGACUUUGCCAAGGACUGGAAGAAGCUCACCAACGAGGCCGCCAUCGAACUGCUGCGCAAAGUAGACGGAUGGGCUGGCGCAACGUCGGAACCCAUUAACCCGUCGUACGUCAUCACUGUUGACAACUUGCUCAAGAUGCUCUCUAUCCUCCUCCGCCUCAAGUACGGCCUCCCGGUUGUCAUCUCGGGCGAGACCGGGUGCGGCAAGUCGUCGCUCAUCAAGCAGCUCUGCGCCAUCCUCGGCUACCGCCUUCGCAUCCUCAACAUCCACGGCGGCAUGGAUGCGCCAGCCAUCUGCUCGUGGAUGCACGACCGGCUCGCCGAGGCUGCAGACCUCGUCUCGCCCACCGACCGCAUUGUCGUCUUUUUCGACGAAGUCAACACCUGCAACUGCAUGGGUCUGUUCAAGGAGCUUGUGUGCGACCACUCGAUGGAUGGCGUCACGCUCCCGGCCUCGAUCAAGAUCAUUGCCGCCUGCAAUCCAUACCGCCUCAAGACCGCCGCCGACAUCGACGACGCCGCCGCCGCCGGUCUCGUCUACGAGGCGCCGGCAACCGAGUUUGGGCCCAACGACGACAACAUUGGGACUGGCAUCCACGAUCCACUCGCCAACCUCGUCUAUCGGGUCCACCCGCUGCCCGAGUCGAUGGUCGACCAUGUGUUCGACUUUGGCGCCCUCUCAGCAGACACCGAGCGGCUGUACAUCAAGGCUGUUCUUCUCCGAAACAUUGGCGUGUACGUCACGCCCGAGAUGAUGCAGAUGGUACAGGAGCAGGAGAACCUCAACGAGGAGGAAGCCGAGGCGCUGAUGCGCGCCCAGCUUGGCGAUGGGCCCGCCGCCGAGGAGCAGGCCCGCUACGCCUUUAUGGCACCAAAGCUUACUCCUUUUGGUGAGUUUGUCGAGGUCUUUGCCGAGCUCAUCUGCGCCUCGCAAGAGUUUGUGCGCGCCGUCGCCGGCGGCGAGCGCUCCACCGUCUCGCUCCGCGACGUUGCCCGCUGUGUCAAAGUCUACCGCUGGUUCGGCGAGCACUUUAGCCGAUCAGCAGACGGCUGGGAUCUCGAGGAGUUUUUCUCGGUCCAGAAGCCAGCACGCAAGGCCAUCCGCAAGGCCGUCAUUCUCUCGCUCGCGUACUGCUACCACGCCCGUCUCGGACGUGCCCAUCGCCGCGAAUACCGCGCUACCGUCUCGGACGCGUGGUACUCGCUGCAGGUCGCGGCCCACCGCCGCAACCGCCGCAACCGCGGCGGCGGUGGCUUCUCGCUCCUCGACGGCUGGGACUUUACCGCUCACUGGUAUGCUCGCCAGCAGCACGCCCAGGCCAAGUGGCUCAAGCUCGAUGCCAACGCCUUUGCCACGGUCCUCGAUGAGACCCAGCGAGCCUUUGUCUCGCACAUGAAGCUCGGCGAUGGCAUCGCUCUCAAUGAGGCCCUGUGCGAGAACCUGUUCAUGAUCCUGGUCUCUGUCCUCAACUCGAUCCCCAUCUUUGUCGUCGGCAAGCCGGGUUCGUCCAAGUCGCUCGCCAUGGAGCUUGUCCAGGCCAACCUCAACGGCGACGCAUCGGAAAACGCCUUCCUCCGCUCGCUGCCGGCUGUGGAGGUCUUCUCCUACCAAUGCUCGCCACUUUCGACCUCGGACGGCAUCGAGGCUGCCUUUGAAACCGCGCGCCGCUACAAGCGCGAGGCACCCAACACCGUUGUUGUUGUUCUCCUGGACGAGGUUGGCCUCGCCGAGCAGUCGCCGCACCUCCCUCUCAAGGUCCUUCACAAGGUGCUCGACGAGGGCUCGGCCGGCGAGGCCGUGGUCGGAAUCUCCAACUGGGCCCUCGACCCGGCCAAGAUGAACCGUGCCGUCCAUCUCUACCGGCCUGCCCCGACCGUUGAUGACCUCUCGAUCACUGCCGAGGGCAUGGUGGCGUCGGCCAACCUCAAGGGCUACCUCGGCUCCCUUGCCGAAGCGUACUCGACCACCUACGCCAACCAGCAGCUGCCGGACUUUUGGGGCCUCCGCGAGUUUUACUCCACCGUCCGCCACAUCAACCGCGCCCUCAACGUCGACUGCACGGCAAGCUCGCUUGAUCCUGCCCUCCUCGCAGAGGCUGUCCUCCGUAACUUUGGCGGCCGGCCAGCCGAGACCAAGGCAGUCCUCGCCACCUUUUUCCGCACCAUCGGCCUGCCGCUCGAGCGCGCACCGCCGCUGUCUGUGACGCAGCUGGUGGCGCAGAACCUGGCUCAGAUCGAAGCCCGCCACCUCAUGCUUCUCACCAAGAACAACGCAGCGCUUGGCCUGGUCUUUGAUUCGGGUCUCCUCACCCUCGACAACACCCAGGUCAUUUUUGGUUCUGACUUUCCGCUCGACCAGACCGAUCUACAGGUCUGCCUCAACAUCCAGCGCGUCAAGAACUGCAUGGCCGAGGGUGUCACUGUUGUCCUUGUCCACUGCGAGUCGCUCUACGAGUCGCUCUACGACUUGCUCAACCAGCACUACUGCGAGUAUGGCGGCCAGCUCUUUGUCCGCCUCGCCUUUGGCACCCACUCGCGACUCUGCCCCAUUGAUCCCACGUUCCGCAUCGUCGUCGUCGUCGACAAGCACGAGGCCUACACCCGCCUCGCUCCGCCGCUUCUCAACCGGUUCGAGAAGCAAGUCAUGGAGCGCGGCUCGAUGCUCUCUUCCUCCGCUUCCCGCACCGUCGACCGCCUCACUGACUUUGUCACCGCCUUUGCCGGGCCCUCGCAGGCCGAUGCCCAGGCUGCGUUCUGCGGCUACCAUCCAGACCUCCUCUCCUCGCUUGUCCUCACCUCGCAGCUCGGCCGCGACGACGCGGGCGCCAGUGGCGAUGCUGAAAGUAGCACUGCGGGCGGGACCGAGAGUGCCGAUGGUGUCGCGCUGGCCAAGCUCAUGUGGAUCGCAACGCCCGAGGCCACCUGCCGCGCGCUCGAGUCCGAGCGUGCCGCUGCGCUCGCGGCCUCAUUCGGCGUCUCGCCAGCCGAACUCUACUUUGGCCAGCAGGCUCACUCGGACCUGGUCACCUUUGUCUCCGCCCUGCCCGACGCCUCUGUCACCCGCUCGCUCGUCAUGACCUACGCGCCGAUCUCAUCCACGCCGGUGACUCUCCUUGGCGACGCCGGCUGGGACGUCCACCACAUUCUGCUCCAUGAGCUCUCGUCGGAGCGCGACUUGCUCUCAGAGGUCAGGACGUUCUUCGAGACAACGUGCGAAGAAGCGUCGUCAUCGGCUCGGCUGCCGUCGGCAGCAGCAAUGUCGCGGGUUCUCCUGCUGCAGUGCGAUCCACUCGCAUCCUCGCUCCGCCGGAUCGAGCACGCCAAGUACAUUUGCGAGAACGCACUUGCCAAGGCUGCAGAUAACUCUGCCCUCCUUGUUCUCCUCGUCCACCUGCCGCGGUCGGGUGUUGGCGGCGGGUCUGGCCCGGCCUUUGCCUUUGACUUUGACUCGCGGUGGCACUACGCGUUCAUCGACGCCCUCGAGCCGUGCUCGAGCUCGGGCCUUCCGGACGUGACGGCCAUGCUCGGUCGGUCGCUCUCGUCGCUCCUGCCAGAGCUUGACCUCAAGGCUGUGCUCUCCGAGCACUUUCGAUCCGCGCUCGCCAAGCUGGUCUACCCCUACGAGCGGACCAAUGACGAUGUCCGAGAGCUCAUUUCAGGCAUUCUGCGCUCGCUCGAGGAACCGGCGUUCCUGGAGCCUGUGGCGUCAAUUAUGGCUGAGCUUGUGGCUGCCGCCGACGUCACGCUCGACGUUGGCGCUGUGGCGUCGAUGGAUCACGAACUCGCGCUGGCGGGAACCUUCCGGUCUGCCCUCCACUCGCUCAUCACAGAUCGGCUUGCGGCCUCGUUUGCACAUCUCCUCGCCCACAUGGACCGCAACAGCACGCUCGCUCUGUACGACGAGCCAGACCUUCGCGCCCUCUGGCUCUACCUCUUUGCCAAGUCGUUUUCCGACAUGGGCGCAACUAGCACCGAUCAGCUUGUCCCGCAGGUCGGUGGCACCGUGACCGUGAGCUCGGACGGUGCCAGCGGCGCACGCUUUGCCUCGCGCUUUCCAUUCUCCUUUUAUCUUGCACGCAUCAUUUCGGCGUCGCGCGCCUUUGCCGACGCUGAUGCACUGGAGAGCCAGUUUGCACUCCUUGACCUUGAGCACGGCCUCUCUGGGGAGCUUCCCCGUGAACUCUUUGAUCGGUACGUCUACGACCUGGCCGCCAUGUCGCUGCCGGGCUCAGAUGCGUACUCUGUUGAAGAGGUGGCCGAUGUGCUGGGGCAGCUGGCGAGCGGCCGCACUACGCUCGGCGCGCUGCAUGCUGGCUUUUGGCGGGCAGAGAAGUUUGUGCGCGCGUACCUCGAGCUUGUGGAUGCCGUUCCGGCAACCAAGGUCGGGGUUUUUGGCGCACUGGCUCGUACAGGAGGUGUACUCGGCCCGGAAGUUCAUCUCGAUGUGCUCGUUGCCGCGCUCGAUGCGCUGGCCCCGGUCAACCAGGCGUGGUGUGCCCUCGACGACUAUCCAGACUGGGCAGCCCGGUUUGAAAAGGCGCAGCCCGCGGUUGACUCGGUCCUGGCGUGGGCCGACGAGGAGGUUAAGGAUGCAGCCUUGCCACGUCACGCGGCGAGGUUGGCCGCCAGCGCUCGCCAGUGGCGCAAGCUCGCGUUCUAUCACACGUUUGUGCGCGAGGUCGCGAUGGUGCUGUACAUCGAGCCGGCGAUGACGCUCUCGGUCCUUGAAGCGCUCGAACCUGUUGAGCUGGCAACCCAGUCGGCGUAUCGGGUCCUUGUCCAACUGCUGUCGGACCUCAACCGGCAGAUCUCGCGCCGCGGGCAGGAGAUCGAGUGUGCGAUCUGUCUUUCGAUUCCAAGCGAGCCUGUGCGGUACUGUGGGCGCGGGUCGUGCAACCAACUGCUCUGUGCAGGAUGUGUGGCACAGUUCCGGGCUUCUCCAGCUUACCUGGAGCAAGGCCGGGCUUGUCUGUGGUGUCGGGUGCCGAACGCACCUGAACCCGUGCCGGCGUACGAGGACGCCGCGGCGGUGGCGGCAGCGGCAGCCAAGGAAGCGGCGCUCUCGAUGGCAGCCUCGCAUCUGAUGGAGGCGUUUGUCUUUGAGCACUGUCUUUCGCCGCACGGCCUCGCAUCGCUGGACGUGCCGCUGCUGGCUGACUUUGUGGCGUUGCUCGCCGGAAACGCGCCAGACUUUCUCCUUGAUGACGCCGCCAAGUACUACAUCGACGUGGUUCCGUCAGCGUCGGCGCGGGUUGCUCUCCUUCGACAGCUGAUGAGUCUCGAGUCGGAGACGCUGGCGCCAGCGGUUGCCGACCUGCUCGCAGCAGAGCUCGCGAUUGGAGUCGAGCUUGCAGGCUACGUUGACGUGCCAUUGGCGGUUCUCUGGACGACUGUUCGCGAGGAGGCGCUUGCGGCCGAGCUGGCGGUCAGCGGUGUGGACGGCCUUGUCAUUCCAUCCGAUUUGGAGGCUGGUGUGGCCAGCGUGCUGGCGGCUGGUGGUGCUGACUCACGCGACGCUGUGGCACGAGUUUUGGACGACAUUGCACGGGUCCGGGUCGUGCUCACCGCGUACGCCAACGCGCUCUGUGCCGAGGUCGACGCCAAGCGCCGGAGCGGUGGUAGGGGCGCGAGCGUGCUGAGCCUGGCUCAGCUUGGCCCUAUGGUGGCUCGCCUGCUCGUUGGCGCUUCUGGAUCUGGCGCGAGUGUGACUCGGUCGAUGCGUAUGUUUGUGCUCAAGACGAUGGAGCGGGCACGAGGCGUGUCGUUUGUGCGAUCGGCACUUUUGCAGGAGCCUCUAGUCAGCUCUGAGUGGCUCUCGCAGUGGCGGCAGAGCGGCGAACCCGGACUUGUGCGGUUCCUCGGAUCAAGCAAGCUCCCACGGAACAACCCGUUUGUCUCGCUCCCGCUCUUUGGGUCGAGCGAUGCCGCUGUAGCCGGCUUCCUCUCGUCGGGCUCGACGACGUCGCUCGAGUCGUGGCUGGCAAGCACCGAGGCGGCCGAAACAAGCAGUGGGCGGGUGGUUGCUGCCCUCCUUGCUGCAGUCUUCCACCAGGUCUACCUCCUUCAUGUGCUCCCGGUGGCCGAUCAAGGCGAGCUGGCGAGCCGCAAGGUCGCACUCGAGGCGUGGCUGGAGUCGAGUCCGGGUCUCCAAGCUGUGGCGUCGUCGCAGGAGCGGGCGCUUGUGGCGUUCUUUGCUCGCGGUGGGGUGACCGGCGACAAAAACGGCGCAGGAGCGUCAUCGUCGUCGCCAGCAAGUGCUGGCGGCGUGGCGGCGGCCAUGCUUGCUGUCAAUCCCGAGUCGUCGCCAGAAGAGCUUCUGCAGGCGCGGGUGGUGGCACAUGUGGCAGUGGCGGCGCUUGCAGCGCACGCCCACGCGCCGAUGGCACUGCUCAAGACGAUGCUGCUGGAGCCGGGAGCGAUUGCGGGCUCGUACUUGCCGACGAUGCCGGAGGACAUUCGCAAGAUGGCACAGACUGCGCUUGGUGGGCGGUGGUAUGCGUGUCCGAACGGGCACGCGUACUACACUGACAAGUGUGGGCGCCCGACACAAGUCCUGCAGUGCGCCGAGUGCGGCGAGCAGAUUGGCGGUGAGUCGCACAACCUGCUCGAGACCAACAUCGACCUCGGCGACGUCGGCACCGAACUGUACCAAAAGACUGAGUUUGAUGACCAGACCUCGCCCAACUACUGCAUCCGCGCGGCUGCGGACGAGGCUGACGACCGGUUUUUCUCGGUCCGUGCGCUCAAUCCUGUGGCGACCCGGGUGGUGCGGCUGUUGAUGCAUGCAGCGCUGGUGCUCGGCGGCGUGGCCGGCUGGCCGAGCUGGCGGGCAGCUGUUCGGCCGCUGUUCAACACCACGUACUGCGACCCGGACGAUGCGGUGGUGUUCUUUGAGGAGCACUUUUUCGCCGAUUGGGAGCUUCUGUCGACAAUGCUCUCGCGGACCGACGACGACGUAGCGAUGCUGCUGCACGCCGGACUGACCUCGAUGGAUGUGCGCGGCGGCGGGCUGGCUCAAGACGCACGAGUGCUGGCGUCCACGGACGCACGUGGUGUGUGGGAGGAACACCUGGUUGCCUCGCACCUCUUCCCGCUCUUUGACACCGAUGGGCUGGCGGCGCGGCUGGCGGCGGCAUAUGCGACAGCCUCGGCCGACGGCGAUACCGAGGGCUCGCUCUUUACUGGCGAGCUGCUCGAGAGCGUGGCGGUCGACGAGCUGGCACCAGAGACGCGGGCGCUUGCGGCGUCGGCCCUCUUCCUCUACCGGGCGCCGUUCUCGCUGGAGCACUUUGUGACGCAGCUCAACAUGGAUCCGCUGGCGAGCGAGCGGUUCCCGAUCCUCACCGAGUACCUGGCGCAGGCGGCGCAGCUCCGCGGGUGCGCGCACCUGCCAGGCACGUUUGCCUGGCUCGGGCUAGUGCUGCAGCGGUUCAACCAUCGCCUCGAUCGUGAGACGGCGCGGGCGACCACUGUCGGCGAAGUGCUCGACGCGCUGAGCGAGACGGAGCGGCCACGAUGGGAGGCGGCGUUUGAAGAGUAUGUCGCAGCAUGGACAGCGGCGUGGAAGUACGUCGAGCGGUUCGGCUGCCUCCGCAUUCCGCAGCUCUUUGUCAACGUGCGGAUGGAGCGGUCGACGCCGCUGGCGUUCUCGCUCUGCUCGGACAAGGACGAGGGCAUCUGCCCGGUAGCGCUGGUGCGGUUCCUGGUGGAAAAGCACAACACGCUUGUGGAGCGAGUCGACGAAGUGUUGCUGCUGGGAGGGCGCGAGUUGCAGCGCGCUGGCGGGAGCGGCAACGUUGUCCAGGGCGCGUUCAUGACGCCAGCGCACGUCCUCGCCUGCGACCGAGAGUUGGAUUUUGCGCCGUAUGUGGAGAAGCAGUGCGUGCAGUACACCCAGAGCGGGGACAUUGUGUACGACUUUGCGGCAGCACAAGGUCACCUCGUGGCCAGGUUCCUCGGCGGCAAGCCGCUCAUUGACGUCGAGCUUCGAAUGACCCGCUUUGUGAGCGAAGGCGGCGUGGCGUCGGGCAUGCUCGCGGUGCGACAGAAGAUUGUGCAGGAGCCGCUGCCGCGCGAGCUGGCCGAGGCCAUCACCCGUGACCUCUCUUCGCUCGCAGUGGCGCAUCGCGUCCUACAGACCCUUGAGACUGUGGCGGCGUUCCUCUCGGCCACAGGCGGGAGCCUCGUUCAGCGGCUCGACAUCGGCGAGCAUCAGCUCGUCGACUACCUGCGGACUGUCCUGCUCAACGCCGCCGCCGAGAGCAGCCUCCCGGUCAAUAUCAAGCAGCACGUCAGGCUCAAGCACCUCGAGGGCCUCUACCGGCUCCUGCAAGAGUUCACUGCAGGCGACGCCUUUGACAAGGUCGCCAGCAAGUACAAGGACGAGCUGUCGACCGCCGAUCGCGACACCCUGUGCGCCACCGCGCCCAAACUCGACCUCGCUGUCCUCCUUCCGCCCUUCCGCGAGUUCAUCGCCUCGCAGCUCAUCGAAGUCCACGUCGACGGCUCCUCGUCCAUCCGUGAGAACCUCUCGUGGCUCAUCCUCAACGACGACUCGUACCUCGCUGAUGCGCCAUGGUUUGCCGCCUUUCCUGACCACGUCGAGAUGCGAUGCGCCGUGGCCGUGUGGGAGCUGCUUGCUACAGCUCACGCCGAGCCUUGAUCAUACGAUCCCAUGCAUGCAUGUCAAUAUGUGUGGGUGGAUGGGUGGGUGUGUACGCAGGGAGCGGACAUGUAAAAUGGUCAUUCCCCCCC